AUGAAUCUCCUUGACGCUUACCUAAAGAUGACAGAAGAACAGGAGAAGUGUCACUCUGACGCUCCCAGUCCCAGCAUGUCUGAGGACUCCGCAGGCUCGCCGUGCCCAUCCGGGUCCGGUUCGGACACUGAGAACACCCGGCCGUCCGACAACCACCUCCUCUUGGGUCCAGACUACAAGAAGGAAGGCGAAGAAGAAAAGUUCCCCGUGUGUAUCAGAGAUGCGGUGUCCCAGGUGUUGAAGGGUUACGACUGGACGCUGGUGCCCAUGCCGGUGCGCGUUAACGGCUCAAGUAAAAGUAAACCUCACGUCAAAAGACCCAUGAACGCAUUCAUGGUCUGGGCUCAAGCUGCACGGAGGAAGCUGGCCGAUCAAUACCCGCAUCUGCACAACGCGGAACUCAGCAAAACCCUGGGCAAACUUUGGAGAUUGCUCAACGAAGUAGAGAAGCGCCCGUUUGUGGAAGAAGCUGAGCGUUUGAGAGUGCAGCAUAAGAAGGACCACCCCGACUACAAAUAUCAGCCAAGGAGGAGAAAAUCUGUCAAGAACGGGCAAAACGACCCCGAGGACGGCGAGCAAACCCACAUCUCUCCAAAUGCGAUCUUCAAGGCGCUGCAGCAGGCCGAUUCUCCAGCGUCUAGUUUGGGCGAGGUGCAUUCUCCAGGAGAGCACUCAGGUCAGUCCCAGGGCCCACCAACACCCCCAACCACCCCCAAGACAGACCUCCACUCUAGCAAAGCUGAUUUGAAGCGCGAGGGGCGCCCCAUGCAGGAGGGCACCAGUCGCCAGCUCAACAUCGACUUUGGAGCUGUGGACAUUGGCGAGCUGAGCAGCGAGGUCAUCUCCAACAUGGGGAGCUUUGAUGUCGAUGAGUUUGAUCAGUACCUGCCUCCACACAGCCAUGCUGGGGUGCCCGGAGCGGCCCAGGCUGGCUACACCAGCGGCUACGGCAUCAGCAGCUCCUCAGUCAGCCAGGUGGCCAAUGUUGGGGCCCACGCCUGGAUGUCCAAGCAGCAGCAGCAGCAGCACUCUCUGACAACCCUGGGUGGAGGAGGAGAGCAAGGCCAGCAGGGUCAGCAGAGAACCACCCAAAUCAAGACAGAGCAGCUGAGUCCCAGCCACUACAGUGAGCAGCAGGGCUCCCCACAGCACGUCACCUAUGGGUCCUUCAACCUGCAGCACUACAGCAGCUCCUCUUACCCCUCCAUCACAAGAGCACAGUAUGACUAUUCAGACCACCAAGGUGGUGCCAACUCCUACUACAGCCACGCAGCUGGCCAAAGCUCCGGCCUGUACUCCACCUUCAGCUACAUGAGCCCCAGCCAGAGGCCGAUGUACACUCCGAUCGCUGACACCACCGGGGUGCCCUCUGUUCCCCAGACCCACAGUCCGCAGCAUUGGGAGCAGCAGCCCAUUUACACACAGCUCUCCAGGCCAUGAGGAGACGGCCCUCAGCACUGACUCUACAACACCAAUCCCAUGCAUAGACUUUUUUCUGCCUGGUGCCCUUUGUGCCACCAUGCCACACACCUUUCAUUGCCAACAGAAAAACAUGACAAUGACUUUUUUAUAGUACUGAAAAUAUAUCUUUGGAUUGGCUCACAACAGUGCCUUUUGUAUUGGUUGGAAUUGUGAUUAUAUUUUUUUAGAUAUAAUGUUUAAAAAAAGUUUAAUCCUCUGUGAGGACAUACUGGUUAUAAAUAUUUUAGUAUGUACUGUGUAUGUGUUCUGCUCUUGUCAUCAUCAUCAACAUCAUCAACAACAUCAUCAUCAUCAUCAUAAUCAGUGUCAUUAGCAUCCUCAUCAUCACAAUUUGAAGGUUUAACCCAUUUAAAGGAGCUGGAAAGCUGGGUAAAAACACCCUCAGUGGCCUUACUUCUCACUAAUGUAUUUGUGUACAGAAGUAAGAAACGUCUGACACUGCCGUCUUAUAGUACCUUACAGCCUACAUUCUGUAUUGAACUUUUGUACUGUACAUAUUUUAUUGUAAUUCUCAUGAGAUGCAAGAAUUGAGCAAUGCAGGUUCAAAAUAGAUUUGAAUUUUUGGCCAUGAUAUGACCGUGUCGUCAGUGAAUUAGUCAAAUAUUCUACUUCUUGUUGUUUGCUUUAGCUCAAAUGAUUGUGCUGGAAACGCAAUAGCAGGUGUCAUGUAAUUCUAUAGGGGCCUUACCGUGUUGCUAGAUGUAACUGAGCAAUGCUUGCUUUUAUCUGGGUACUGCCUUGAUACCAUUGGUGCCUCUGGAGCCACAGUGGAGAGGCUCCUUCCACUGGCAUUGCAGUGUCGAAACCACAGCAUAGUUCUGACUUCCUGCUGGAGGAGAUGCAGGAAGUGACCUCUGACCUGAUUCUCCUCAGCAGCCAGCAGGUCUAAGUCUGGCCGUGCUUCUAUCAUUCCUACAGCCCCGUCCUUUUUCCUAACCUUUUUCUUAAUUUAUUCUUUAGCAUUAAUUUUAUUUGAAAAUAACUAUUUGGAAUUACCUUUUUAAUUCAGCAGCAGCUAACUGAGAUGGUGGAAUAGUUUGCUGUCAUAUGUGGUACAAAUUUGUUUAUUUAUCAUUUGUAAAUGUUUUCGUAUAAAAGUUUAGUUAUGUACAGAUUACUUACUGUACACAAUGAGUCUUUCUCUAAAAAAAAGAAAAAACUGGAAGUUUUCUCUUUUUUUCUUUCUAACAAAUGAUUUAAUGAAUAUGGAAGCCGUGGCUGUUUUUGUAAAGAAUUUGUUGGAAUCAACAGGAUACUUUUUUUUCUUUGAAAAAAACGUUAUGUUCCUCAUUUUAUAUUCUCUAUCAUUAGUUCUCAUCUCGUCAUCUCCUUAAUGCAGUUUCCGUAGGUAACAUGGCAUUGUCUUAAAAGCUUAUCUUUUUGUAUUAUAUUGUUUGCAAUAAAAACAAAACACUGAGAAAUA